AUGUCGUCCGCAGAGUUCAAUUUAUCGACUCAACAGAAAACAAUUGUUCGAUGCCCGCAAGACAUUGAACGUGUCGUUCGAAAUCUGCCAAAAGAACAUACUAGAUCAAAAUCAGUUAUUUGCAAAGCUGCAAAGGUUCGAUUAUUUACUAAACAGCAAAAAGAAGAAGGUUCGGAAGUAGGAGAAACCAUAAUGAACGAAAGCCAAUAUGUCGGUUGCGUAAAUGAAAUAAAUCAGUUAUACCCAGCUCAUCGUUUGGUAAUGUCAACUAUGUACUCUGGUGCAGCAUUGAUAACAACAGUCUUAAACUUUCUGAUCCUGAUCUCCAUCUGGAAGACACCAUCCCUUCACAAACCUUCCUACAUCCUGAUAGGAAACCUUGCUCUUUCUGAUCUCUUGGUCGGUGCCAUAGGAGAACCAUUGAUGGUCAUUUAUAAUAUCGCUGCCCUUAAAAGCUGGUCCUUGAAGAAUUUUUGUCUAGUCUUAAAAUGCGCCAGAGGUGUGGUUUACACAUUGGGCUCAGUUUCACUGUUUACUCUGACAGUCGUCAGCUUGGAUCGUCUGCUUGCAGUCAAGUUAAGGAACAGAUAUCAAAGUAUCGUAACUAAGAAGCGUGUACUCCGCGUAUUACUGACAUGGUGGAUCAUAGCGUGUGUUGCUUCAGCAACAGUGUUUGGUAAACUAAGUUGGAAURGUGAAACUUYGUCAGCUUUGWUUCUCUUUGCUGGAACUGYAGYUUUCAUUUUAGUCSUAACCAUCACUAUUUYCUAUUCGAUGGCCUUCUACAGCUUACGAAAGAUCACCUUGUCCUCAGUAUCUCCARGUGUCCAGAACGCAGAAGGUGGUGUACUUCCAAGUUCCAACAUUGAUGUCGCCAAAUACAGAAAAUCCAUUAUGACCAUGCUUUUUGUUUUUAUGUUAACCAUAUUUUUUUAUGCGCCUUUCGUUUGUAUUCUAAUCAUUGCUGUCGUGUCCAGAUAUAUAACCAUUUAUUCAUUCACAUACCUAAGUACAACAACUGAUGACAUAAUCUUCAUCUCUAUAUCUGCAGCCGAGUUUCUCUUCCUACUUAAUUCGGCGAUGAAUUCUCUGGUGUACUUGUGGCGCAUUCGAGACAUUCGACAAGCAGUAAAAACCACUAUUAAACGUUUACCAUGGUCAUGUUAUCAUUGA